AUGACCAAAGUUUUGAAGGAAAUGAUGUGCGCAUUAUAUAAAAAAUUGCCUGAUGUCUUACGUGAAAUAACUCUUGUUGGCUUUUUGCUCUUUUGCACAAAGUUCACAAUGGUAUUAUGUGACUCGCCCGCCAAUUAUGUGUGCCGCAUCAAUCACACGAAGACUAUUAACUUGGCUGAAGAAGCUGACGAUAUUUGCAACGAAUUUCUGUCAAUGUUAAAAGCCGUAUAUCAAGCUAGAUUGAUGAUGGAGAAUACCAACAGGCUCAUCAAACAAAAACCAGCAAAUAUUGACGAUGAUAUUGAGUAUUUUACUAGUGAAGGAAGUAAGAGGAAGAGUAGAAGAAGUGACUAUCUUUCUGAAGAAUAACUUGGUUACUCCCCUCCCCCCCACAAAUAAAU